AUGGACAAUAACGAAGAGCACUAUGAAGUAGAAUAUGUCUUCGGAAAGAGAUUGGAUAAAGGAAAUGAGGUGGAUUAUGCGGUCAAGUGGCUUGGCUAUGAUAAAAAGCAUCAUACUUGGGAACCCAUUUCUAGUUUCAGCGCUGCUUCCUUACUUUUGAUCGGUCGAUUCGAAAGAUAUUUGGCAUAUAAAAAUUAUUACAAAUUGAUAGCAAAAAAAGUAGAGAAAGCAAAAUAACCAAAGAAACCAGAUGAACCCAUAAGAGUACAUAUUAGAAAUAGAUUCACUCAAGUACUAAUAAAAGAAGCAGAAAUUAUAAACAUUGAGUUAGACACUGAUGAAAUUGUUUAGAAAAAAGAAACCUUCUAGAUCAAUGAUGAUGAUCCGGAUGUUUAAAUUGUCAGUGUGAGUUUCAAACCUAUUAAAUAAAGUGAAUCUAAGGAUCUUAAUAGGUUUAAAGUACAGAAAGUGUCGCAAACUCUUGAUUUCAAUAGAAUGAUGCAUAUUAGAUAAUAACAGUUUAAUCCAAUCAAAAUUAACACUUAUAAAAGCAAAUACAAAGUAGAAAAGGACUAUUUAAAUGAAAUCAUUUUUGAAUAAAGACAAAAAGAGAAAGAAGUCAAUAUGCUUAAAUUUACAGAAGUGAAUGAUAAAUAAGAACAAUCUUAACCUAUAAAAUUGAUAUCCGAGUAUUCAUAAACUGAAGGAUUUUCAACAUAGUAGAAUAUCUAUCGUAAUCAAUAAUUCAAGCAUAGAGUUUUCAAUCAGAAAGUUCCAUUUGAAUUUAUCCUUUCUCACCAUUAGAUUUAAAAUGAAUUAUGGUUCAAAUGUCAAAGCGAUGAAUAAGAAAUCUUAUUUGCAGAUCUUCAAACACUUCAACAAAAUUAUUCAACUUUGUUAUUAGAUUAUUUGGCUGCAUUUAGUGUGAUGAUUCAAUGA